CUAACUCGACAGAACACUGGACUCGGGUGAGACUGAAGUUGAGACAGCGCUCUGCUAAGCUAAUGUAGUUAACCGGCGAAUAGGGCAGCUAACUAACUUUAACUAGCUAGCUAGCGUUAGCUGACUUAGUUACGAUGCAGUUGACCGAUAGAGGUCAAGUAUAUUAUUGUGGUAAAGUUAAGAGAAAUUCAGUUUUAAAUCGCUUUUAUUUAUUAGACCGGGUUUCCUGCCAACAUCACCGCCCGGUAAGUCUGGUGCUCAGGCACUAGUCGCUGCUGUUAUUAGGCUGAAGUCUGCGGUUGAGGUUCCGGGCGAAUUUACUCCUCAGUAACUGAGUUUAAACCGAAGCAGAGGGUUAAAGUCUUUGUGGAUCUGUUUGUGGGACUCUCCUGGACCUCCUUGGCCCGAGCUGAUGUACCGGAGACGGCUGGAGGGCCGCGGGCUGGCGGCGGGGCUGUUGGGGGAAGUGCAGACCGCGAUCCUCACCGAGUCGCUGGACAGCCUGUACCUCGUCACCGGGGAGCUGGGCCGGGGGAAAUUUGCUGUGGUGAAGAAAUGUGUGGAGAAAGCUACAGGCAAAGUGUUUGCUGCAAAGUUUGUGAGGAAGCGGCGGAGGGGUCGUGACUGCAAAGCUGAGGUGAUCCAUGAGAUGGCUGUGCUGGAGGCAGCCAAGUCUAACCCCCGUGUAGUCAACCUGCAUGCAGCCUACGAGACUGAGCAUGACAUUGUACUGCUGCUGGAAUAUGCUGCAGGUGGGGAGAUUUUUGAACACUGUGUGUCUGAUGAGCUGCUGUCAGAGGGCCAGGUCAUCCGUCUGAUCCGACAGACUCUAGAAGGCAUCCACCAACUGCACCAGAGUAACGUUGUCCACCUUGAUCUUAAGCCUCAGAACAUCUUGCUAACCAGUUUAAAUCCUUUGGGAGAUAUUAAGUUAGUGGACUUCGGACUGGCACGUCGACUGGGUUCAGCUGGAGAGCUGCGGGAGAUCUUGGGAACUCCUGAGUACGUAGCUCCUGAGAUACUUAACUAUGAGCCUAUCACCACAGCAUCAGAUCUCUGGAGUGUUGGUGUAAUUACCUACAUGCUCAUCACUGGAGAGUCUCCCUUCGCCGGCGAGGACAAGCAGCAGACCUUCCUAAAUGUCUCCCAGGUGAACGUGGACUACAGCAAAGAAGCUUUCGCCAGAGUGUCUGAGCUGGCUGUCCAUUUUAUCAGGAAACUGCUGGUCAAAGCUCCAGAGGACCGCCCCAGUGCUGCAGACUGCUUGAGUCACCCCUGGUUGUGGCAGCAGUGUCCAGGCUCUGAACUGGUUUCCCCCAGCCCACGGACCCUCCGGGAGAGGAUAGGCGGCAGCAAGUGGGCCGUCCCACCCGAAGACAGAGAGGACAAGGAGAACAUUUUGGACUCAUCAUCUCACGCCAAAAGGUUUCGCUUCGAGGAAGAUGUGCAGGCCACCAGGGAAGGAAACAUCUAACAACAGUUUUCAAAUGGAGAGUGCAAACACAUACACACACUCUGUAAUUGUCUUUAAUCUUUAUCUUUUUUAUUUCCCUGCCCAAUCAUCCUUCGUAUUAAAUCCUGCCAGCAACUUUUUUUUUUUUUACAAAUUUUAUUUUGGCUUUUUCCCAUUUUCUCCCGUAUUUUGCAUGGCCAAUUACCCAACCCACUCAUUAGUAAUGCCCCAACAAACCAGGAGGGUGAAAACUAACACAUGCCUCCUCUAAAACAAGUCAGCCUCCGCUUCUUUUCGAGCUGCUGCUGAUGCAGCAUUGCCGAGCAGCCAGCGCACUUGGAGCGCAGCGACUCUGUUCAGAUACAUCAGCUUAAUGGCAAAGCUGCAUGAGCGGGGGUUUGAACCUGCAACCUCCCCUUUAUAGUGGCAGCUCUUUAGACCGCUGGACCACUCGGUGGCCUUCUGCCAGUAACUUUUAAAUAAAUCCUCCGUCCACACCAAAGAUCACCUGCAGGUGAUGCAGUGCUGUUCUACUGUCGCAAAAAGAAUUGAUAUUUCUGUAACUAAUCUGGAUAAAUGUCUGUUUCCUGUCCUUCUCGGUAUUUAAGCAGCUCUUUUUUAUGUUGUGUGAGAUUUUAUAUUUUGUUUUAAAUAUCAUCCUGUAUCAGAAUUUUCUGUGGAAAUUAUUUAUUAGUGGAUGAACUUCAGUAAUGUGCCUGUUUCUGCAAGUUUUUAAUUCAUUGAGGAAGCUGCCAAGGCCAGUAUUUAAGAACUAAUAGUCCAAAGUUUCUUCUAGACAGCAAUAUUUAAAAAAUUAUACACAAAAGGGAGCAGAUUAAUUAUUAUUAAAGUUUUAUUCUCUGAAUCACUGUAUGUGAGACUGGACAGUAAGAGGGGAAACUAAUGUUAUUUUAUUAUAAAUAAAAAGGGCAUUGUAUUAUUGAAGUGAUUUAAUGGAAUGUUCUCACGCCAGUAACGUUAAUGAGUAUUUACGUUUCUGCCAACAAACAAAACUGCCUUCCUGUGUUGAAGCCUCAGUGUGUGAGGGUAUAAUGUAUGAAUUAUGGUCUGUUUGUGCCCUUAGCAACGAAACACUAGUCGGCUUCUUUAUGAGACUGUGACUCAUUUUAAAGUCAUGCCACACCUCAGAUUGUUCAGAUACAUUUUCUCAUUCAUCACUUCCUCUUAGUCACUGGUGUCAUACAGCACUUAAUCGUGGAUGGGGAAGUAUGUUGGAGAGAGAAUCUACCAGUCUGAUCUGUGCAGAUUAUAAGGAAGUGUGUUUUUGUUGUUUUGCUGUUCUUCCUAUGCUCUUACACAAAUAAACUGGCACCCUUUCAGCUCUGAACCUGUGUGACACAGCAAUGUUCCGUCUGUGACACUGGCUCUGUAGAAUAGACUGGUUUGAGUAGGCAAAUAGUAAGAUUAGUUAAUGCUGUAGCCUUGAAAUUCCAGCACACUGGUUGUUCUAUAUCAGUAGUGUCUGACUUUUUAGAACUGCAUAUCUUUUAUUUUUGCUAAUAACAUUCAAAAACAUUCUAUUAUCUCAGGGUUAGCGGUAUCUCCACACCUGUUUUUGCUGUGAAAACUUUAACUGCACAUCAUACGUUCCGUUUUAUUACAAUUAUAGCUAGAAAAACAGUUAGCAAAUAAAGUCAAAAGUCACAUGAUUACGCACAACUACAGAAGAUUAUACAAUUUGAUAUUUUAAAAAAUAAAAAUAAAAGAUAAUCAUUGUCUGUUUUAUCUUUGCUUUUUUCUGUUAUGUAGGUUUAAAAAAAGAAUGGGGGAAAUGAGGGAGUGCUCGCCGCUAAUUGGUGCCAUUUUGUUUUGAUUAUUAUUGUUAAUGUUAUUAUUGAAGUAACUUAUGAAUCGUGUUAUUUGAAGUUACGGGGGCAGCUGAAUGAGAUUCAUGAGGAUGUUAUGAAUGAGGGAAAAGGAAGUUUAGUUGAUUUACGAAAAUAAAUAUGUUAAUAUUAUGAUGAGUUCUUGAAGGGGGCAGCGAAGACCCAAGAGGUUUGGUUGUUCUGGAGCUAAGUUACCCUGCCAGACAACAGAGCAAUAAUUUUGGUGAUUUAAGCCACAAAUCAAGUUGAAAUUUGAUCAGCUUAAUGUGAUGCAGAAAAGUGACAUUUUAAACUGAUUAGCUGAAUAAAUUCUUUUGACCAGUCAUAUACACAGAGGUCCAAGGUCUCCUUCAACUUCUUUACCUACCACUGUAAUCAGCUCCGCCUUCAGCGGAAAUGAAGUAUAGUUAAAAUGCAGGGUGUGAAAUGAUGUAAGUUUUUUUUAAUAAUUUAUGAUUGGAUUAUUCAUGAACUAAAGCUCCCAGGUAUGGCUGUGGUAAUAUCAAUUGUAACAUUGGCCGAUAUUCUGUGAACACUGCAGUAUGAAUUUGAUAGUAGUGUGUUCAGACAGAUGAGAAAUGUAGAUGAGAAAGUAAAAGUGAUGCGUUUGUGCAGAUAAACAUGGAGACAAGUUGUGUAUCUGGUCUCUGAUCAGAACUGGACAUGUUGGUACUGUGGGCUGAGGCAGUGGAGCCAUGUUGUUUGCUCUGUUGGUGUAAGAAGGUCAGAGAAAUGUGUUUGUGUUGGCUUGAUGGUUUCCUCGAGAUGGUACCCGGCUGCCCCCAGAAAAAGACUUCCCAUUGUCUCUAAGGACAGGCAUCUCCUGUCACGGAUUUCUAGCAGCGUGCCGUCAUCUCAUGAAGAUUGAACUGGAAAAGCUCCUCAGCUUUGUUUGUCGGAACUGGAAGUAUAGUGAAAACAGCUAGGCCUGCAUGUGUUUUGUUUAGUGAUGCACCACCAUAAAUUAAAGAGAUGUAUGUCUAUUUUGAAAUUUGAUAACUUUUUAUAAUCCAUGUUGAAAUUAAAAUAUAUUGAAUUAGUGUGUAAAUUAAUUUUUGUGUCUAGAUUUAAUGAAUCUAAAAUCUGUCUUCAUGCAGCUUCACACAGAGAGGGAUAAUGUAACCGAUACGGGUUUUUGAUAUGGUUGCAGUUUAGUGCCAUGACACAACAGUAUGUACCAAAUUCUGUGAAUGACCCAUUCUUCAUUGUAUUCAAUAAACACAAUCAAAUCCUU